AUGAAUGGGUCAUAUAGCUCAGGCUCACAGUACGAGUCGUCAUCAAUUAUUCUACCCAAGUCAAUGAUUGAAAGCAGAUACCAAUUGUGUGAAAAGAACUUCAGGAACAAGAAUUUCGGUAAAUCUUACAAAGAGAUAAGCGACUUAUAUGAAACCAGCUUCAAGCAUUUCACUAGGGAAGUGAUAGAUGAAUCUCUUUUUGUUAAGAUUGUCCAGCUUUAUUUUGUUCAGGUUGGGUUACUUCUUCCCCAAGACGAUAAUCACGGUCCAAGAGUGUUGUCGAGAGGUGAACGUCAAAAAAUUUCCAAGUAUUUCAAAGAUGAAACGGUAAUGAAUGAUUUAUUAGAAGUGUAUGACGAUGUUUAUAAUAUUCCUUCGAAUCUUUUGUUGAAUUUAUUUUUCAUUUACUACUCCAUUGAUGAACUGCAAAAUAAAGACUUCCUUUGUCUUCAAUUUAGUAGAAUAUACCCCAUGUUAGAUUUUGAAAAGAAGCCAGAGGACGAGAACUUGAAAAACCUACUUAACUUUUUCGUUUUCAAAGUUUUUGUCGAAUUGAAUCACUAUGAAAAAAGUUUCAAGAUCAUCGAAAAGAACCCAAUUUAUUCCUCCAAUGUCAACCAGUAUAACGAAAAGCUAAACAAGAUGAAAGCAUCCCAUUUGGAAAGGGAAAAGGUUUUUGCUAGCAAAAAAAAAGAACAGCAAGAUAGGGAGAAGCAACAGCAAAAGCAAGAGGCCGUCAAGCAACAAGAGGCAAAGAAAAAUAGAAAUUUAAAAUACAGAUCAUUGAAGGAGAUCAAAAAGGAAGCAAACGAUGACAAAGAAAGGUCUAUGUUCAAUAGAAGUUACAACCAAAGUCCAAAUGCAGAGGAUAACCAGCAACUAAUGAAAAAGCUUUUGGGUUAG